AUGAACGAUCAAGGAGCUGGACGGUCGUACUACCGUGAUGAUGAGAUAGUUGUGGAUAGAGAUGGGCUGCCUCACUAUACCGGCCAGAAUCCUGACUUGCUCAAGGAGUAUAAGAAGAGAGUCACCCUGGCGCUGGCGCGAUUGGAAGGUAGUGGAGAUGACGAAGAAGCAAUCGCGCAAAGCCUCGAGAAGAAGACACGCAGAUUCAGGGUGAAGUUGCUCGACGGACUACAUGGUCGAGCAUGGCGACGAGCAGAGCACCUCGCACAGGAGACCGCAGAAGUACGUGCGGACGGCGGUGAGAGACGGAUCUUCGAGGCGCUGGCGACGCUCGACAAGGAGGCCAUCGUCAAGAAGGGCAUGGCGUUCGAUAAUUUCUUCAAGCGGAGUUUCCGGAAGCGAGGCACUGAUAUGGGCGAGUACCUCUCGAACAAAGAGAAGCUGUGGGAGGACUUGCAGGAGCGCGACGAGAACACCACGCUUUCGGACGAUUUGAUGGCAUACUUUCUGCUGGACGGCGCGAACCUCACGGACGAGCAGAAGCGCAACAUCGUUCUCAACAGCAACUCGGAGUACAACCUGGAGAUGUUCCAGCAUACGUUGAGGGUCAACUUCCACGACCUGCACGAGAAGGAGAGACGGAGCGCGCCGGCCAACACACACACGCAGAAGUGGCAGAACCGGCGCGGAGGCAAGGCGAAUCAGGUCGAGGACAACAACAGCGGCGACGAGGACGACAUUACGGAUGAGGAGUUCGAAGAGGGCGCCAACGCGGCAGAUGACGACCAUGAGUUUGCGAGCGACGCCGGAGCCAGCAACGACGACGACGUGUUCGAGGCCUACAGCGCCUACGACGCGGCAAGGAAGAAGCUGAAGGACACGCAGAAGCAGCGCGGAUUCUUCAAGGGCGAGGUGACCUUCGAGGAGCGUCAGGAGCAGAUCAAGGAGGAAAAGAAGCGCACGCGCUGCGGAGCGUGCGGUCGCAUCGGACACUGGGCAGGAGAUGCCGUGUGCCCGAAGACAGGUAAGCAAGGCGACAAGAAGUUCGGUGGAGGACGAGGCGGAGGCCGCGGGAGCGGCAAGCCAAAGGCUAAGCCUGGGCGCGGAGGCAAGUCGUACUUCACGCUCGACGGCACCACAGACGAUGACGAACUGAUGGAAGAGGCGACCUCCUUCAUGGCGCGCGGCGACGACGUCUCGUGCGACCCCGACGGGACGGUCGAGGGGCAGGACUCGUUCUACACGGACUCGGAGGAGGAGAUGGACAACGAGCGCGAGGACGACAGCCACCACAGCAGGGACUACGACAAGGACAGGAAGAAGUCGGCAGGAGCGGCAAGCAGUGGAGAGGCGGCCCCAAGGCCGUCGGCAGCACCGAAGGACAUCCCGACCACGCCAGAUUUCAGGGCCUGGAAGCAGUACGAGCUCAAGAGUCACCUCAGCGAGCUCGGGCUCCAGACCAACGGCAAGAAGGAGAUCCUGAUCGAGAGGCUCGAGGGACACUACUCGGGCAAGGCGCAGGUCAAGAAGGGGUGCAGUGUUUCGAGGACCGCAGCAGCGUUCUCGGACGGGACUUCGACGAGAGCACCGGGCGAGAACAUCAAGUGCGCGGACUGCGGCAAGUACGGACAUCAUGGAGGAGACAAGCUUUGCCCGCUCUACGCCGAGAUGAAGGCCUACCAGCAGGCGAAGCAGCGCCAAGAUCUCGAGAAGGUCGCAGAGGUCCCGCUGACCAAGCCGAACAUCUCGAAGCAGCAGACGGAGAUUGGGCAUGCAAGUGAAGAGCACAACCUGGACGGCAACCAGUUCUACGGAUGCCUGAACUUCAACACCAUCAUGCGGUGCAAGGGCACGAUCAACUGGACGACUGGUCAGCAGAUGCUACGACGCAUAAGCCGUCUUGAGGAGCCUCUUAGGUCAAGGACGUGGGCAGCCAUUUUGGCAUCGCCCGACGAGCUCGCCGCCGUGCAGCUCGACCCGCAGAGCCUCGCCCCGUUCAAUGCCGGGGGCCAGGUUAGCGGUAGCAGGCUGGGACACUCACAGUUCGCCUUCGCCGUGGGGCGCACUGACUGCAACACAAUUAAUUACGACGUGGUGGCCCUCGUGGACACCGCCUGUACCCUUUGUAUGCACAGCAAGAGCUGGAGGGAGAGGUUUGAGAAGCACUUACCCCCCGACCUUACCUGCAGGAAGACGGACAUCCAGCGGAAGUUCACCUUCGCGAACGGCUCCAAGCAGCAGGGUGACGUCAACGUGAUCCCGAUUGGCAUUGGAGGAUUCAGAGGAGAGGCGCAUUCGACCGAGAUCCCGACAGGGACGACUCCACUGUUGAUCUCCAUACCUGCCCUGGACAUGCUAGACGGCCACAUUCACAUGAAGUCAAAGAAAUUGGAGCUUUCGGCAUUGGGAAUCACAGUACCUCUGAUCAAGAUGAAGAAUACGACACACCUGGGUAUCGAUGUAUCGCAGUUUGGAGAUGACCAGGAUUCGGUACUACAGCGCAUGGAGCUCAAGUCAUCCCGGGGCGACGCGAUCGUGCACCUCGCGACGUGCAUGGACGUGGUCAGGGGUGGCUAUGCCUAUCUGGAGAAUGACGAUUGCGACGAUGAGGAGACUUGCGACACUGUCAAGAUAGAUGCAAUCCGUCGUCAGGACGCGAGCUCGAACGACGGGACUGGCCAGAAGUUGGAGAUAUCCCUGGCAGCGAGAGGUGUGCGCAAGUCAGAUACGAGAGGCGAGCUCACCAAUCGAAGAGCACAGGAGUUGUCAACUACAGCUUCAAGGAUAGCGGCUGAGGAGAAGCGGACUUGGGCUACGCUCAAGAAGGAGUACACGCUCGCAGAGAGGAUGGCCACAUCAGGGUUCAAGAAGACGAUGAUCUUCGAGCCCUGGGGCGGCAGCUUUAUCGUUACACGAGUGGCAUCAGGAGUUUUUGGUUGGACGAACUCGCAACCGUUGGAUAAGCUAGACGACUACGACCUGAUGACCAAGGAAGGCGAGGACUUGCUCUUCGAGAUCCUCGACGAGCACGAUCCGUACCUCACGAUCACCGCCUUCGACUGCCGCAUAUGGUCAGUUAUGACGAACAUGAGCCCGACGGUGGAUUGGGAGACUCUGCGAAGGACUUACGGAGUUCGAGUGCUCAAGUUGGUGAAGCGCAUCUGCUUACACCGUUACGAAAGGCAACGAUAUUUUCUAGCAGAACAGCCAUGGUCAGCAGCUUCCUGGAAGUACAAGAACAUCUUGGCCGAUAUCUACGGGCUGCCGAAUGUCUGGUUCGCCUGUGGAGCUCAGUGUGGUUUCGGCAAGAAGGACAUCGACAGCGGCAAGCCCAUCCAGAAGCUGACCGGCUACCUCACGAACAGCCAGUGCGUUCUCAACAAGCUGGCUAUCCCCUGUAAGUGCAAGACUGCUCACGAGAUGGUGGAGGGCAACAACUCCGCCGGGAAGAGAGCAGCUCAGGCAGCGGCCUACCCUCCGAGGAUGGCGACGGCGAUCUGCGAAGGAGUGAAGCAGCAGAUGGAGAUCGACAGCGCCGCCGCACUCGCCAACGGGCACAUGGAGUCGAGCUUUCCUGUGGACGAUGGGGUGGUCACCGAGCCGCCUUCAAAGAAGGCUCGACGAGGAGCAAAGCUACUCGGAGGGACAGGCGGACUCAGACGGAGAGUUACACGCAAGGGCGGCUGGCUCAGCAUGGCCAAGGAGAAAGUCGACAAGGUGAUGGAGAUUUUCAGUAGUUUCGUCGGCUUCCUCACGCCCCUCACCUUGCUGUGGCCUUCGGUGGACAAGAGGGCCGCCGAGAUUGCCAAGCUUGAGGAGGCGUCCGCCAGCGUGAAGCUGAUUAUGGUACGACGGAAUCCACGUUCUCUGCUCGCAGCGGUGCCUCACUUGCAUGCUUCUCAGGCACCUCUGCGUACUGCCUACGCUCGGUCCGAGCGUGGCGUGUGGUCCGAGCUCGGCUGGGAGGAUUGGACCAACUUGUCACCGCAGCAGCGGGUGAUGAAGAUCGCCGGGGCCGACCUACUCAUCAUGGUGUACGGCGCGCAGAUCGGCGAGGCAGAGGACGGCGAGCAAGAUAAGGAGACUAUGAGGAAGCAACGAUGGGAUCAGCUACCACGGGACCUGAAGGCCGCGAUCAAGGCGUGCAGGCUUUUCUCCUGCGAGCACUGUGAACGCACGAGGCGACCGCUGCUGGCAAAGCCGAGCAAGUUGCCGAGCGUCGACGAGUUCAACGUUGUCGUGGGCUUCGACACCUUCGCCGAGAAGGACGCAGACCAAGCAGAGUGGCAGUUUCUGAAUAUCGUGUGCUUGGGAUGCUCGUUUCAGGUGGUUGCUUUACUCGGCGAAGUUCACAAGAUGACGGGCUCGACCACGGUGCUGGAGACUUACGAGUUGUGCUGGGCAUCUUGGGCUGGUGAGCCUGAGGUUGGAGUCAUCGUCGACAGGGCCAAGGGCUUCCUGGGUAGUUUUUCUGAGCAUGCGGCAGCAUGGCAUAUCGCCAAGGUCGAGCGUCAUGGAGAUCUCUGGCAAGCCAUGUGGAGGAGAGUCGUCUGGGCGAAGCAGGUCGCUGGACGCGAGGACGUCCUGAAGGCCGUGAUGGAGAUCAACCAGGCGAAGAACUCGCUGAGCAGGAGGUCUGGAUUCUCACCGGCGCAGUGGGUGCUGGGAAGAGAUAUUCGCCUCCCGGCGGACCUCAUGGACGACGGCGAGGUUGAGAGGAUCGGUGCCAUUGCGGCAUCGGCUACCCCGACAUCGAAGUUUGCCAGGAAGUGCGCGCUGCGACAGGCGGCGCGGGAGGCCCACGCGAAGAUCGCGAACGAGGACGCGAUCAAGAGGGCUGAGCUUCGACAAGUUCGGCCAGAACGCGGACCUUUCAACGUGGGCGACUGGGUUUUCUACUACGACCAGAAGGAGCAGGGCAAGCGGCCCGAGAGCGUUAUCAACUGGAGAGGAGUCGCACACGUGAUAGGUCACGAGGGCAAGCACACGAUCUGGAUCGUGCACCGCGGGAUCACGAUCGCCUGCGCUCCUGAGCACCUUGCCAGGGCGUCCGACGAGGAGGUCCGAGCCUGGCUGGUGACGGCGCAGGAGGCAGACUUGAUAGACACCACCGGGACGGCUGGAGGCAGUGGAUUUAUCGAUCUACGACGACGGCCUUUUCCCCCAGAGUUUCGGGAAGAUGGAGGACCAGUUCGACCAGAACCAGCGGCGGCUCAGCCACCGCCAGAGGCACCGCCCCCAGAGGUGCCGCAGCCGGCAGAGCGUGAAGCACCUGCCGAGCCACUGGUCCAAGAAGAGGAGCCGCCCACGGAGGAGGUAACGGAGGACCCCUACCAGGAGGAACCCCCGAUGAUGCAGCAGGGACCACCGCCGCCAGUCGAGCCACGAGGAGCGACACAAGCGGAGGACCCGAUGGAGGACGCGGUGAAGGACUUUGUCAACGAGGCUGUACGAUCCAACCAAGUACCGAUGGGCGAAGAGUGGGAUCCUGAUCUUGAUGAUUUCCAUACUCCUGCAGCAUCGUUCCCGCCUCGCCCGGCGGAAGGAUCUGCCAGUAGAGAUAAGGAGAGUCGGCCAGCGGAGGAAGCUGCAGAGCGGGAGGCGAAGAGACAGAAGUUGCUGGAUGACGUCCCCGAGUCGAUCAAGACGGACGACGCCUUUAAGGUCUACGAGGAUAUGGACUCUAUGAUCGACGAGGCCUACAUGGCAUAUGACGUCAACCAGUCCUUCUACGCCGAGCACGAGGUCUGCAAGGAGGUUUUCGUCUUUGGCGUCGAGCGUAACGAGUUCGAGUACUCCUAUGAGGCUGGCUCGACAGUGGCGAAGAAGGGGAGAAAAGAGUUACACUUGAAGGAGCUCGACGAGGCAAAGCGACAGCUAUUUAUCGGACCUGGAGGUUCGGACGAGAAGGAGUGGAAGGCCUGGCAAGAUCUGGAUGCUUGCGACACGCUGAGCCUCGGCGAGAGUGAGCAGAUCUGGGAGACCAAGCGCGACCUGAUCAUACCGGCCAAGUGGGUGAGAACCAACAAGAGUGAGGGCUAUCGGAGAGAUGCGCCAACAGCAUCGAAGUUGGCGGAGGCAAUGGUGCUGCUCGUGAUCGCCAGUAUGGGUAUGGUGAUGAUCUGCGGAGACAUCAAGAACGCCUAUUUCUCAGGUCGAGGUAUAGGACGCGAGAUCUACAUCAGCCAGCCGCGUGGAGGUUUAAAGGGACUGCAUCCGAGACAACUGUUGAAGGCCAAGAAGGCGAUAUAUGGGUUUGCUGAGGCUGCUCGUUUAUUGUGGUUGGCUUUCUGCGAAGUAUUGGAGAAGGAUGGAUGGGUUCAGUCUGUUUUGGAACCAGCUUUGUUUUACCUACGCGACAGAGCAGGCGCUCUGACUGGUAUUCUAUGCACUCACGUGGAUGAUUUGCUGGCUGGAGUUUUAAAGAAAUGCGAAGAUACGGCCUUCAGAUGCACGAGACAGAAGCUGAAUUUCUCGAAAUGGCUCAAAGAGGAUUUUGUUUUCAGAGGACGUGAGAUACAACGUUUACCGAACGGCGAUGUUGGAGUAACGAUGAAGGGCUACUCGCUGAACAUGAAGACGGUUCCGAUCCCUCGAGAACGGAAGAAGGAGCUGACGAGCCCGCUGACCGACGACGAAGUGACACGGCUACGGAAGGCUACGGGAGAGAUAUCUUGGUUGUCGAGGCAGCUUCGAGCAGAUCUAGCCUUUCAAGCGGGACAAGCUCAACGAGCCAUGGUAGCGCCGUGCAUCGCCGACCUGGUGAAGGUCAACAGGGCCAUCAACGACGGCAAGAGGGGCGCCGACUACAUGCAGAAGUUUCCGAAGGGUAUCGACCUCAGUCGAGCUACGGUCUUGAUUGAAUGUGAUUCAGGACACGCGAACGGCAACCCCGAGAGUGACGAGAUCGCGAGAUACAAGAGCAUCGGUGGUCAUUUUCUCUUCAUAGUGGACCACGACGUGUUGUCGGGGAAGCUGGUGACCGCAGCUAUGAUGGAUUACAGUUCUAAGUCGACACAGAGAGUUUGCCCGAGCACACUUGCAGCUGAAGCCUCACAUCUUGCAGAUUCACUGGAGGCUGGCGAAUGGCUGUGUGUUUUACUUGAGGAGGUGUUCAAUCCGAAGAUCGAUUUGAAGGAUUGGCAGAAGAUCGUGGCGAGAAGAAGCAGAGUUUUCUUGACUGAUGCCAAGUCAGUGCAUGAUUAUUUGACGAAAGAAGGAUCAGGCCUUAGCCGAGACAAGCGGAUGGCAAUAGAAGGAGCGUUAUUGAAGGAGGCUUUGAGGCAACCAAACACGACACUACGUUGGGUGGAUGGACUACAGAAUCUGGCGGAUAUUCUUACGAAAGAGGGAGUUGAUCUGGACUAUUUCCGACAUUACUUGAGGACGAAUCAGAUCACGAUCCAGCAGGAUCAGGCUGCAGUGAAGAUAAAGGAGAAGAAGAGAUCACAGAGGGCCGCACGGAAGUCAGUUGCUAAACCCGAUCGAGCUGAAGCUGAUCGACUACGACGUGAACGUUCGGCCGCAGGAGUUCGAGAAGAAGACUUGCAGGAUGACUGA